AAACAAUUUUCUUGAAAUUGGGGCAGAUCAAAAACUAGGGUUUUCGAUUUUUCUCUCAAGCUAGAAAAUGCCGCGAUAUGAUGAUCGGUAUGGAGCCACUCGUUUGUAUGUUGGUCGAUUGUCAUCCAGGACAAGGUCAAGAGACCUGGAGCACAUCUUUAGCAAAUAUGGGAGGUUUGUGGCCUUUUCCUUGACCUGGAGGUCAAUGGUGGGAAGGUGGCCAUGGUGGAAUUGGUGGAGUCUUGCCAAGUGUUAAGAGACAUUGGCGAUUCCUUCUGUAUUGUUAUUGACUUUUUAUGCAACCACCAUUCUCAAACUGGUGUUUAGUUCGUUUUUCUUUUGGGGCGAUGUAUGAUGCACUACCAAAAAUUAAGUAAUGAUGGCCUUAUUGUUUCUGGCAACCGUUUCCGCAGAGUGCGAGAUGUGGACAUGAAGCACGACUACGCUUUCGUUGAUUUUAGCGACUCUCGGGAUGCUGAUGAUGCAAGGUACAGCUUAAAUGGCCGGGAAGUUGAUGGCAGCCGUUUGAUUGUGGAAUUUGCCAAGGGGGUUCCACGUGGUCCAGGUGGUUCUCGAGAAUAUCUGGGCAGAGGGCCCCCUCCUGGGUCUGGACGUUGCUUCAAUUGUGGCCUUGAUGGGCACUGGGCCCGAGAUUGCAAGGCAGGGGACUGGAAGAACAAAUGUUAUCGAUGUGGAGAGAGAGGUCAUAUUGAGAGGAGCUGUCAUAACAGCCCUAAGAAGCUGAGCCGGGGUGAGAGGAGUUAUUCCAGGUCACCAGUGAGAUCUCACUCACGUCGCCGUGACAGAAGCUGGAGUCGGAGCUAUAGCCGCAGCCGCAGCUACAGUCGAUCAAGGUCUCCAAGAAGAGAACGAGGUGGUGAACGUGAGCGGAGGCGUCAGAGAAGUCCUAGCUACAGCAGAAGCCCGGAGCCAAAGGGUUCCCCACCUCUCUCCAAGGCGAGGAAGAACAGCCCAACACCUGUAGAUGAAAGCCCCAUUGAGAAUGUUAGCCCUUCUCCGGAGAGAGCCAAAAGGGCUACUGAACAAGAUGGGUAUGAAUACACUGAGAGCCUUCGAGGUAGGAGCAGAAGUCCUUUAAGCCCUGGAAGGUAUACUCCUAUCUCUCCAGGGAAUGGCAGCCCUUUGGAAGCUAAUGGCAUAGCUAAUGGAGCAGGUCGUAGCCCAGAUGCAAAAGAUGAGAGUCCUCAUGAGGAUGACUACAGUAAUCGUUUCUCCCCAAGGGGCAGCGAGUCACCUUAGGGGCAGUGAGUCACCUUAGGUUGCUUGAACAUUACCUGAUGAAUGCUUUAAUCUUUAUUAUUUGCUAGCUAUUAAACCAUUAUCGUACUUGUUAAAGACCUCCGAUAUUUGCUAGCUUGUUCUGGAUUUUGUUUUUCUGA